AACAACAAAGGCAAAGAGUGUGGACCACCCACCCCCUUCUUAGAACAAAAAUCAUAAACCAGUGGCUGUAGAAAAUUUUCAGCAGCAAAUCUGAGUGAAAGUCCAUCCAUGGCAACAACACCUGCCAGGGUUUGUACAUUGGUUUCUCUCAAGGUACAAGCAGCUCAUGACAGCAGCAGGAGAGCAGGAGUUGAACCAAAAGCACAGAGGAAAGGAGGAAGGAGAGAGCUGCUUCUUCUCUCAACAACUGCACUUGUUGCUGACUCCAGAGCUGAUCUUCUCAACAAAUAUCUGAAAAAAUCAGAAGAAAACAAAGCCAAAAAUGACAAGGAGAGACUGGAGAGUUACUACAAGCGCAACUACAGAGAUUACUUUGGUUUGUUGGAAGGGGAUCUGAAGCAGAAGAAAGAGCUGUCUGAAUCAGAAAAGGGCAUUCUUGAAUGGCUUGAGAACAAUAAAUAGAACUCUUCUCAUCACUUAUUUCCCUUUCAUUGACUAUAAAUUUACCUGUAGCAUGACAUGGCAUAUAGCCGGUUACGUUUUACCCAUUGUGAAAA